AUGACCUCUUCAGUCGCCUUGCCUAACGCGAACUCCAAUGUCACGCCCUUUACAGUUCGUAUCUCGGAUGACAGUCUCGAGCAGCUUAAAGCACUACUGCGCAUCACACCCAUCGCAAGUCAGACCUACGAAAGUAGUCUGCCAGAUGCGGACCGCAAAUUUGGCAUACGAUACGACUGGCUUCUGAAGGCCAUCAAAGAGUGGAGAGACACGUUCGACUGGCGUAAGUAUGAAGUAUACAUGAACACCUUUGAUCACUUCCAUAUGAAUAUCGACGACAAGUUCGGCAACUUCCAUACCCAUUUCGUGGCCAUGUUCUCGAGGAAGAAAGAUGCUCUACCUCUGAUGUUGCUUCAUGGCUGGCCAGGCAGCUUUCUGGAGUUUCUUCCUACUCUGGACAAGUUACGCAAGAGAUACCUGGCCGACGAUCUACCGUAUCACCUCAUCGUACCAUCUCUCCCAGGUUACGCUUUCUCAAGCCCUCCUCCUGUCGACAAUGAAUUCGGAAUUGAGGAUGUCGCAAGGGUGAUGAAUCAGCUCAUGCUCAACCUGGGCUUCGACAAUGGAUACAUGGUGCAGGGUGGAGAUGUUGGAAGUAAGAUUGCCAGAGUCAUGGCUGUGAAGCAUGAUACGUGCAAAGCUAUCCACAUCAACUUUUGCAUCAUGGAAUACUGCCCUGAUGACAUAAGCAACAUGGACUGCUCUGCAACCGAGGAGGAAGGUCUGCAGAGGGGACGCGAGUUCCUCAGGACCGGCAGUUCGUAUGCCGUUCAACAUGCCACAAAGCCGAGCACAAUCGGCUUCGUGCUCUCAAGUAACCCUGUCGCUUUGCUAGCUUGGAUCGGUGAAAAAUACCUCGCUUGGACUGAAGAAGACCCACCUAUGUCCCUGAUUCUUGAGUCCGUCAGUCUAUACUGGCUCACUCAAUGUGCUGCCACAUGUCUCUGGCCAUACCGCAUCUUCUACACGCCCGGCGUCAACGGCAACCCGCACAACAUGGCCAAGUACAAGAUACCCGCCUCGAAGCCGUUCGGCUAUUCUUACUACCCUCAUGAGUUGUACCCAGUUCCCAGAUCAUGGGCCGCAACUACAGGUAAUCUGAGCUUCUUCCGUGCUCACGGAAAGGGCGGACAUUUUGCUGCUGUUGAGCAGACUGAGGCGUUCUUGAAGGAUCUUGAAGAGUUUGUGCAGGAAAGUCGUGGAGCUGCUGGAUUUGAUGACUCGGAGUGA